AUGCCACCACGGGAUAUGGACGCCAAGGCAGCUGAGAGAAUCGCUCGUGCUCGUGGCAAGAACGACCCCUUUGCUAAGCGUGCCGUCAUGACCGCUCAAAGCCACAGAAACCAGGCAACAGAGAGUAGCCCGCAAGAAGAAGUGAUGGGAGGACCCAAGGAGACUGGCGAACCGCACUGGUCAGAAAGACCUCAAGAACUUGGAUCCUCGGAAAUGUCCAAAAACAGACAGGUUACUUAUGCAGAGCUGGCCAAGAAUGAACAUACCCAUGACAGGAUCAUCGUCAUGGGCACCCUGGACGCCACCCCCAUGAACAGCACUGGCUGCCUGGCGACGGCCUCCGACUCCCCUACCGCACGGCACCGCAGCAACACGUAG